AUGCCGCCUCCCGUGUCAGAUGAGAUGUCUGACGAGGAAAUUCGUGAUAUACCUUUCAAGAAUGGCGCCAACCCUGAAGACCCUGUCGAAGAGUACCAAGACGAGGAGGAUGAAGAAGAAGAUGACGAAGAGGGCGUUUCAAUAGCUACGUCGUCGAAGCAAUCAAAGAACAUGAAUUCCUACCAAACGUAUGUUCGCCCAGCGCCUCUCAUUACACCGGUUUCGCUAAUUCAUCCUCAUCAUCAACAGGGCAAGCUUCACCUUUUCGUGAAAUGGAAAGGAUACGAUGAGCUCGCGGAUCAUACCUGGGAGCCGGAAGAGAACCUAAAGGAUGGAGCCGAGGAGGUCCUUACAGAAUACUUUAAGAGCAUUGGUGGUCGACCCGAGAAGCCAGCAGCAAAAGCUGGGCCAGGACGGAAGCGGAAGUCCAUGGGAGAAACUAAGACCUCCUCCACGCCCCCUUCCACCGAGCCUAAGAAGCGAAGACGGUCCUCAAAAGCCCAAGAUCCAGCCCCUGAGGCCGAGCCCGAGGCCAACGUGGACGAGAUUGAAGAGGAAAGCACCUGGGUCCCUAAGGGUAAAAACUGGGAUAAGGAGAUUGAAAGCGUGGAUACAAUCAUCCGCGAUCAGGAGAAUGGAGGGCUUUACGCAUACCUUAUUUGGAACAAUGGCAAGCGGUCAAAAGUAUCAAUCGAGAGCUGCUACGAAAAGUGCCCGCGAAAGGUCUCUUUUUCAUUCAAAUCAAACCUAUCCGACAGCCAUACUGAUUUCUUCUUUAGAUGCUCUUGUUCUACGAAAGUCAUUUGCAAGUCCAUGGAAUCCGCCGAAGCGCAUUUGCAAACGCUAACAGUUUCGCAGGGUGUUCAAGGAGGGCUAAAAGUCUGCAAUCCCACCUGCUCGUAUGGUGCAGAGCGAAGGCCAUAG